AUGCGAACCGCUCUAGAUAAAUUCAACAACCUAGAAUGCAGCCUUGCUUUUCCAUUCCCACGCUCCUUGGAGUUUGAUCAAGUGAAGAACCCGGAAGCAGACGUUUGGCUACGAUCGGAGUUUGUUGGUUCUGACUCGCCAGUACCCAUAACCGUUAGACGUAGAGCAAUCGAUCUGUACCAUCUGCUGGAUAGAGCUAAAGAAGAGGUGACCUUACUUCAGGAAGAGAUGAGAAACGUAGUUGAUCACUUCAGCGGGCAGCACGCGACGUUUUCCAAUUCGUUAAAAGAUGCCACGAUAUCUCCUUUGUCCUUAGAGGAGAAAGGAAAAAAUAUAUUUCUGAAAAUGAAACUGUUGUCUUUGGAGGGACAGCUUUUAGAGGUCAAAAGAUUGUUCCAAGGUCACAUCGGAGAAGUCCCUCUCCCGAACUUUAUUUUUGAUCAAAACAGUAUUCCGUUACAGGACGAUGAAAACGAGGCUGACGAAGUGUCUGAGUCGUUGCUAAGCCUCCCGGAAACAGAGGAGGAUGAAGUGGACAGUGAAACAGACUGCGAGAGCGAUUGUGACGAUACUGACAGUGCUUUUUUCAGUUCUUCGGGAAUAUUGCUUUAA